CUUCUGUAACUCGGCGCGUGUGGACUACAGCUUACUGUGCACUCGCAUGGUGAUCCUUGAUCCGAGGUGGUUGUCCCAUUGAUAUGCUAAGGCUUCGUGCGGUUGUGUCUCGUGAAUUGCCUCUAGUAUUCUAUCCACCCGCCCAUACACUCUGUUCUUGUGGAGAGGUUCGUCAUCGGGGAUACAACUUUGAACGGGCAAUCCGAGGCUGGCAUCAAGUUCAAAGCUCACAAUCAAGGCCCAAGAAUAAAAGAGGGGCCGUAUGCUUUUGGUAGCUCUCUUAACAAGUACCCCUCCAAACGGCUCGACCUUCAAAGGUACUGGCACAAAAAGGUAAAAAGUGUCAAAAGACUCUCGAUUGUUG